GCGUGUCUCUUUCAGCAGUGGUGACUGCUGCUCUCUCUCUCCUGCUCCAGUAACUGGAGGCACAAGCUCCUUCUUCACCAGCCUCAACUUCAUUUCUCAGAAGGUUUGGGCUGUGUUCUGCUGCUACAGCCAUGGCACCCAAAAAGAACAAGACGACCAAAAAGAGUAAAGGAGACAUAAAUGAAAUGACCAUAAUGGUUGAGGACAGCCCCAUCAACAAGAUCAACGGGUUAAACACUCUGUUGGAAGGAGGAAACGGCUUCAGCUGCAUUUCCACUGAAGUUAAUGAUUCUGUGUAUGCCCCAAACCUCCUGGAGGGUUUGAGCAACAUGAGACAGGAGAGCUUCCUCUGUGAUCUAACGGUCGCCACCAAGUCGAAGUCAUUUGAUGUCCACAAGGUGGUCAUGGCCUCUUGUAGCGAGUACAUUCGCAACAUCUUGAAGAAGGAUUCGACUCUCCACAAGAUCGACCUGAACGAGCUCUCACCGGUCGGCCUCGCCACAGCAAUCACAUAUGCAUACUCUGGAAAGCUGACCCUGUCGCUGUACGGCAUCGGCAGCACUAUCGCUGCAGCCAUGCUGCUGCAGAUCGGCACCUUAGUGAAGAUGUGCAGUGAUUUCCUCAUGCAGGAGCUCAGCGUGGAGAAUUGCAUGUAUGUGGCCAAUAUCGCUGAUGCCUAUGACCUGAAUGACACCAAGAAGGCGGCUCAGAAGUUCAUGCGGGAGAACUUCAUCGAGUUUUCUGAGAUGGAGCAGUUCCUGAAGCUCACCUACGAGCAGAUCAGUGAUUUCCUCUCAGAUGAUUCCCUGCAGCUUCCCUCCGAGAUCACAGCCUUCCAGAUCGCCAUGAAAUGGUUGGACUUCGACGAGAAGAGGUUGAAGUACGCAGCAGAUCUCCUAACUCACAUCCGCUUUGGCACUAUCUCUGCCCAAGACCUGGUGAAUCAUGUCCAGACUGUGCCUAGAAUGAUGCAAGACCCCGAGUGCCACCGUCUCCUUGUUGACGCCAUGAAUUACCACCUGCUGCCAUACCAACAAAACAUCCUGCAGUCACGCAGAACAAAGGUACGCGGUGGCCUCAAGGUGAUUCUCACAGUCGGCGGACGCCCUGCCUUGACAGAGAAAUCCCUCAGCAAAGAUGUUCUCUACAGAGAUGCAGACAACGUGUGGAAUAGGUUGACAGAAAUGCCAGCAAAGAGCUUCAAUCAGUGUGUGGCAGUCUUGGAUGGCUUCCUGUAUGUUGCAGGUGGUGAGGACCAGAAUGAUGCAAGGAACCAGGCUAAACAUGCUGUUAGCAACUUCUGCAGAUAUGAUCCCCGCUUCAACACUUGGAAUCACUUGAGCAACAUGAUCCAGAGGCGCACCCACUUCAGCCUCAACACCUUCAACGGCCUCCUGUUUGCCAUCGGAGGGCGAAACGCUGACGGUGUUCAGGCCUCACUGGAGUGCUAUGUGCCCUCCUCCAACCAGUGGCAGAUGAAAGCUCCCAUGGAGAUUCCCCGCUGCUGCCAUGCCAGCUCCCUCAUCGAUGGCAAGAUCCUCGUAUCAGGAGGUUACAUCAACAACGCCUACUCCAGGGCCGUGUGCUCAUAUGACCCCUCCACUGACACCUGGCAGGAUAAGAGCAGUCUGAGCACACCUCGAGGCUGGCACUGCGGUGCCACCGUGGGAGACAGAGCCUACGUCAUCGGUGGCAGCCAGUUGGGAGGUCGCGGGGAGAGGGUGGAUGUCCUCGCUGUCGAAUCUUACAACCCUCACAGCGGGCAGUGGAGCUACUGCGCGCCUCUUCACACAGGAGUGAGCACGGCCGGUAUUUCCAUUUUGAACAACAGAGUCUAUCUCCUCGGAGGCUGGAACGAGGGCGAGAAGAAGUACAAGAAAUGCAUUCAGGUUUACAAUCCUGACCUCAAUGAAUGGACUGAGGAUGAUGAAUUGCCAGAAGCUACAGUCGGCAUCUCAUGCUGUGUCGUCAGCAUACCCACACGGAAAACACGAGAGUCCAGAGCCAGUUCAGUCUCUUCUGCACCAGUCAGUAUAUAAGGGUUUAGAUGAUGAUAAUGAUGUAGUUUACAUGUCUAAAGGUCUCCAGCUUUUCUGUUGCAUAAAACUUGGUUCUAAACUCUACCAACAGUCCCUCUUUUUGGGGCCAAGUUGAUCAUUUUAAAUGGUGAUCAACUUUCUUUAGAUGAGCACACAUAUGAUAAAAUCCAAAGAUUACAAAUUUGGGAACAUGUAAUUUUAAGAUUUUAAACAAAUUGAAGCUAAUGCUAAAAAAAAUUAUUCUCAGAAUGUAUAGUUAAUUAUAUAAUUGGCAUUAUUAAGGUCAGUUAAUGUUUAUGAUAGAGACAAACUGGACAUAUUAACAUUUUUAAACAGGAAUGUACUUUUGGGGCCAAUCCAGACAGGAUACUUAAAACUCAAAUGAAAGGUAUAAAAAAAUGCUAAAUCAAUGCUGUUUGAGAUUAAUCUGUAACAUAACUUUCUUUUUUUUUUUUUUUUUUACCCGGUGCCAUACAAUUAAUAAUACUGUGCUGUUUGUUUACAGCACAACCAUUAAUAUUAAAGGAUUCUGUGACAGUCUUGUUUAUGGUGACUAAAGCUACUGUGAUUCUCAGAUACUACACUGAGUAAUGAGAGGCAAAAAAAAGAGCUGGAGCUGGAGUAAGUGGUGGCACCACCUACCAGGAGUAGGUGCUUGUGGUUAGUGUUUAAACACACUGCACAGUAAGGCCGCAGUUUCUCUACAUGUGUCUCAUGUACAGCAUUCAGUGGUCUUGUGUCAUAUGUUGUGUGAUCGGCAUUAACACUAUCAGGAUUCUGCUGGGAAAAUGUUGGAGUGAUGAGGGUUGAAUGGGUUUAGAUGCGACAGUAACAAACUAAUUUUGUAAAAAAAAAGAAAAAUAUAACUUUGGAAUAACGCUGUUGGCCUGGGCUUUCCUGGAGGUCAGUACUCAUGAAUAUCCUGACUGCUCAUGUCUUUUCAUUUGUUUUGUUUGUUUUUAAAUUAAAGAGAUGAAGUGUAAGCUA